AUGCAAGCUUCUGCUAACUACCAAACCUCACAUCUUCACGAUGCAUCUUCUGAUAACAUGGACAGACUCAUAUCGUCAUUUUUCUUCCCUGAAAGUCCUGAGAAAUCUGAUAAAUUUAUGCUACCUGCUCCUGCCAAAUCCAGAUAUGAGCUUCCAGAACUGAACUCGUUGGUUGGUAUGGACAAACUCCCUAUCGUGUUCAGCUAUGAAUGCAAACCAGUUCUACUCCCUCCUCAAAUGAGUCUCUGAAUACAAGAAAUGGAGUGUCAAAAUAAAACACAGAUCUUCGAGUGCCCUUCAUUUGGACAAGACCAAAUUAAGGGAAAAUUUCAAUAUGGGCACAUCUUUGAGAAACUCAAUCUCAGCAAUAAGUCUUGCCACUUGUCAACUGUCAAACUCUCCAAGCUUCCUACUAAUUUGUUUGAUCAAAGUGAAAAUUGCUCAUUGCAAGAGCCAACCACUCUUAAAGAACUUCUCACUGACAAAGUAGUACCGAGGUGGAUUCAAUAUAUGCAGUUCAAAAACAAAAGGAGAGACGCUAACCCACUUCUCAAGCGGAGGGCUGAUGCCUCUCGUAAGAAAGUCCUCAGAGACCUAAGAGAGUUUUAUAGAAUUUUGUUCAGAAAUAGAUUUCACCUUUCUGAGUAUAAGAUUCCAAGAGGUGUCCAGAGCUGCCUUAAAACCUUGUUUAGAGAAUUGGGUAUGACUGCUUCAGAAGAAGAUCUCUCUGAUUACCAGUUAUUUAGAUAUUUACACCAGACCCAUAAAGGAACUACAGCUAAGCUAGUGAACAUGAAAACUCAACACAAGGAGUCCUCAUUCUUGGCUGUUGAAAAGUACAACGAUGGAAGAUACUUGCAGUUUCUUUCAUAUCCUUUAUCUGCUCAGAUGAUAUACUUUGUGUUUGAGAACUUUCUGGAACAGUACACUUCACUGGUGAAGCCUAAGAUCAAAGAUAGAAUCAUUAACAUCAUAAAAGACAUCCUUGGGUGCUACCACAGCUGUAAGGUAAUCGGAGAUCUUGCUCAGAUAAAGCCUACUCUUCUCUAA